CGAUCUCUUGCCUCCGUUCUCCUCCUCCUCCUCCUCCUCUCUGGCGAGCGAGCGCUCACGAUCGCUCGCUCGCUCGUUCGCUCGCCUCUGGUUCUCCUUCUCCUUCUGCCGCUGCCCUCUCUCUAUCUUGCUCGCAAUCCUGGUCGCUCGCCUCCGGUGUCUCCCCUCUCGCUUCAGUUCCUUCCCGUCGUGCUCUCGCGAACACCACCAAGCCUCCAACAGAUCGCAGAGCUCUCUCUCGCUCUCUCCGUCCGACCAACUCCGGCGACCCGGCGCUCAACUCAACUCCUCUCUGACUUCGCGGAGCCCGCCGCCUCACACUGUAGCUAGCUUGAAGCCAGUUCUCCUUUGAACCAUGGUACUUGGCCAGCAUUCUGUGACAGAUACAUACUAUGAAAUUUUGCGUGUCAAAGAAAACGCGAGCUACGAAGAAAUUCGUGCAAGUUAUCGAUCUUCCGUACUCAAUUAUCAUCCGGAUAAAUUACAGACGACUUCCGAGAGGGGUUGUGCUGAUCAUAGCAUGGCAAAUAAAUUUCUGAUGAUUCAAAAAGCAUGGGAAGUCCUUGGUGAUGCCAAGUCGCGAAGACUUUAUGAUACUGAACUGCAGGCUUCAAGACAGGAUACCGGAACUGCAGAGGAUGUCAGCUUAGAGGAUAUGACGGUCGAAGAUUCUGGAGACAUCUUACAGCUCUGUUACCAAUGCCGGUGUGGGGAUUAUUUCAGUGUCGAUUCUCAGGAGUUGGAAGAAAUGGGUUGUCCAAUUUCAAGGGAUGGGAGCGGAAUGAUCGUACGGACAUCAGAUAACUUAUCGGCAUCGAUAGUUCUUCCCUGUGGCUCUUGUUCUCUGAGGAUUCGGCUUUUUAUUGAGCCGGACACAAUGGUUUCUGUAGGAUGAUCAGCUCUAACAUCUGAAGAGAUUUUGGUCCACCUAAUUCAUUCGAUUCGAUUGAAUGUUCACGUUUCGUUUUGCGCA